GCCUCUGAAGCGGCAACAUCGCCCAGCGUAACAGCUGGCAGCGGCGAUCGCACUGCACCGGCAACCGCGGGACCUUGCCCUGCCCGGAGAGUGGACAGCCUUGGGCCCCCCACUCCGACGGGCGGGCGUGUCGUGCUAUCAGCCUGGCGAGCGGGCCCGGCGGCGGCGGCAGCAGUCACAGCCAAGACUCGGCGAUGCAGCGUUGGCAGGGCCGUGUGGCCGUGGUGACCGGGGCGAGCGCCGGCAUCGGUGCCGCCAUAGCGGCGUCGCUCGCCAAGGCCGGCAUGGUCGUCGUGGGCUUCGCGCGUCGCCCGGAACUCGUCGAGGAGCAGGCCAAGGCGCUGGCGCCGGCGAGGCUGGUGGCGCGCCAGUGCGACGUGUCGCAGGAGGCCGACGUCAAGGCGUCGUUCGCGUGGGUGCGCGCGGCGCUGGGCGGCGUCGACGUGCUCGUCAACAACGCCGGCGUCAUCAACGAGUCGCGCCUCUCGGGCCUGGUGAAGAGCGAUAUCUUCUCGUACGGCAACAUGAAGGAACUGACUCCCGACAAAAUGUUUGGCGAGGAUUACAUGGAGCCCCAGGAUAUCGCCGAUGCCGUCGUCUACGUUUUAGGCACUCCUGAGCGAGUUCAGAUUCAGGAGUUGAUUAUCAAGCCAACUGGUGCCAAGUACUGAACUUUGUGACGCAUAUCGCAUCACCUCCUGAUAACUGUCAUUCUGUCCUCAGGUGAACGAUAUAAUUCUGAAGCCCACUGGCACCCGGUUCUGAAUGGCUAACAUGGAUGAAUGGUUACAUCUGCACGUUCCCACUAACAAACCUUUUCCUGUCUAUAAAUUCUGCUCUUGAAUAUAAAGUAUUAUUACAGUGA